AUGCCAUACAAGCAUCUGCCAGAGUGCAUCCAGGAAGUGAUGCGCGAAUGGGAUGCUGAUGGCAGCGGUAUGGUGGGUGUUUCCGAGCUGUCUGCUGCAGCUACCGCAUACAAGAAGGUUCAGCAGGAGGGUCGCAUGAUGAGAAAGAUCAUUCUGGGAUUGAGCAUGGUUAUCCUCCUGUUGAUGAUCGGCAUGUUCAUUCUGUCCUGGGCAGCUGCUGAAAUGGCAAAGGAGAUGCGAGGUGAUGGCGAUGCUAUCAUGGCGAACUCCCAGGGCAUGGUUGUGAAGGUGGCAAGUUCAGACUUCGAGAUGUCUCCUGAUGGAACGCUAAUCAUUCGAGGAGCAGGGUCAGUCAAUGCGACCUGUCCGGAAAAUCAGACUUGCCGACGACUGGAGAGCUCUGCGAGCAAGCUCCAAGUUGCAAACUCAGAGACGCCUCGCCGCUUGUCCUCUACACUUCCAGACGCUUCCUUCAAAGAGCUGAAAUCUUUGACUCUCAAGGACAACUUGGGCCACGCCCUGAAGGUCUCCAUUACCAGCUGGCAGCGUCUCUCGCUGCGUUCUUCCAAGUGUGGUUCGGUGAUUCAUCUGAAUGGCGACCAUGGCACCUUGACCUUGGAUGACUAUGACAUGACUGCCGAUACCCGGAUGGAGGGCUACGUCAAGGAUGCAGGCAUGGAGGGCCUCUUCGAGGAUGGACCCAUCUCUGGGUUUGGGCGUCGGCUCAGCUCCACCGACGGCCUUCUUGAGGGCUUCUUCAACAUGCUUGAAGACAUCGAGUGGGCAUGCGAGUCCGUUGAGUUGCCGAAUCCCAACGACAUGCCUCAGUUCUACUAUGCAAAGAUGCACGUAAAGCAUCUGCAUGGGCAGCCUGAGCGCGGAUACUCGCAGUUCUUUACUGACGCCGAGGGAAACUUUUUGACUGUCCCGGGGGUGAUCGUGGAAGAUGGCAAGGUCUACAAGACCUGGACGGAGGAGCUGGUGAAGUCUGCAUCCCUCACUGCUUACAUGAGCCACUAUGCCAUGCAUCCUUUCCAGCGCGAGCUGCGGCUGAAGAGGUCUGGAGAGCAGGUGAUCCAGGCCAAGAUCGAGGCCAAGGGCAAGGUGGGAUAUCGCUGCCUGGUGGAAACUCCACAAAAAGCCACGAUUGCUGCAGCGGCCGAGAAUGCCAUGCCGAGUUUGGAAUUCCGUGGUGUGGUCGUCGAGAAUGGCACCGUCUUGCGCCACUGGAGGAUGGAUCCCUUGGGAGAUCUGGAGCGCGGCGGAAAUCUGGACGCACAUGAGAUGCAAAUUGCCAUGAUGGAAGCCGGAUUGAUCCCGAAUGUGGUGGACUACUUUGAUGUGGACACAGAUCCCAAAGGAAAGUUCGAGCCUGGCCAACCCUAUCGUGUCCGGAUGUACUCAACUGUUUCCGGUUCCAAGGUUGACACGACGAAGCAGUACGUUGAGAUCGUUUCCUUGCCUUCUGCUUUCGAGAUUCCGGGAAUGUUCGACUAUUUCAACGUCACAAUGCUCGACGAGGGAUGCAGAUUCUCCAGAGAGCUUCAGCAGCAGUUCAAUGAAUCCAGCUCCAGCAAUCUGAGCAUGGCAGCCAGAAUGCUCGUCGACGAGGUCGAGAUGUUGGAGCGAACCAAUCGGUCUUCCACAAGCGCCGAUUUCAAGAUGCCGCCGGAGAUCUAUCCCUGGUCGGAGUUUCCAAACAGUGUUGCCUGGACGUUCGACGAGCUCAAAAAGCGAGCUUCUGCUGGCCAGCUGCACGAUGAUUCCCUGACAUUCGCAAGGACUAGCAAGUACUGGGAUGCCAUCUUCACACUGCGGGAGAACCAGGUGGAGCUCGACAGUCACCGAUUCUACGAUCAGCUGGCUGAUACAUACAACAUGUCCGUGAACGACACCAACUUUUCAAACUACUCGAGCGCGGGCCGACGACUCUCCUCGGACGGGCGCCGCUUGUUGGCUCGUCGCUUGGGACGUCGCACGCCGACAGCAGAUGACGGCAGCUACUUUGUCGAGAUUGAUGAAGAUGAUCUGAAGCCUCAGCAUCCUGACCACCCAAUGCGCCGCCUUUCUGCACGCCGCCUGGACGAUGACGACAAUCCUUUCUGGAAGUACAAGGCAUGGGUCACUCCGGAAAAGAUUGACAUUGAGGUUGAAGCAGGCAAAGCGAAGCUGCAAUUCUUGGUGCAGUACUGCAACCUCUGGAAUCCAACUGCGACGAACUGGGGUGCUUGCAUGACCGGACGAGCUGGAGGCGGCGACAUCGUGAAGCUGGAAGCCUACUGCAGCGGCCGGCAGAUCAUGUUCCCCUUCCCCAAGGUCCAGAUGGAGCUCGGCGGCCUACUGGUCUACGAUGACACGAGCGCAAUGGGCAUCGCCACGGGCGAAAGAAUGCACAUGAGCCCGGUCGCCGCGAGGGGUAAAGCUCUCCGGAUGAACGGCUGGAGUUACACAUUCGCUAAUCCUGGCGAUACUGGAACAACGUUCGUGCUUGAGUCUGCGGACGGUGGAAUUGGCGUACUUGGCAGCGAUGCACGGGUCUGGAUCAAAAACACGGGCGGACGUUGGAUGCAAGACAACAGAGGGAACGCACGAGUAACAAACGGCCCUCCCCGCGGUUGGGAAAAGUUCAAUGUGCUGGAUGCUGGCGGUGGCAGGGUCUGGUUGAGGAGCCACCGCGGCGAAUAUUUAGGCGUCCAGGAGACCAGUCCAACACCGAGUCCGUUGGAGUGCACCGUCACUCUCUUUCGCAGCCGUGAUUGCCGGGGAGGCAGCAGGACGUACAGAUCGACAAACUCCGCCGAAGGCCAAGAGUGGCGAAGGUUCGGUCGGAGGCGCUGGGGCACAUCAGACGAUGAAUGGGAAUCAGCACGUGCAACUGGCCACUGCCAACUCGUCGAGUUUUACGAUGAGGAUGAGGAUGUGAGUGGCUACGAGGACAACCAGUAUGAGUUUGGCAACUUCGAGUGCGAAAACUUCAAGUCCGAUCUCGACGACGAUCUGGGUGGCCUCAGAAUCACUGCCGUAGGGCCCGAUCCUCCAGAAUUCGAGGGCAACCUGGUGCUGUAUGACUACAAGGACCACCGCGCACAAUGGACCUUGACCAAGGAGGAAGACGGCAGCUCCAUCGUCUCCUUCGGGGAUGCGCUUCUUUAUGGUGGUCUGACCUUCUCCAAGGAAGUUGAGAUCAUCUGGGACAUCGGCGCUUCCUGGACCACUGAGAUCGGAGCAGCGGGUGCAUAUCACCGAACUCACGGUGUUUACCUGGCCGAGGUUUACGGGAAGACCAUCUUUGAGAUAACACCCGCCCAGAUCUACCUGCUCCUCAAGUUCAAUCCAGAAGACCCGUGGGACACGAAGUACAAGAAGUGGAAGAUGUAUGUUGGCGUUGGGUACGAGCUUGAUGCCUUUGUGUAUACGUUCAGAGAUGAGUAUGAGAUCGCCACCAGCGAUCUCAAUUUUUGA